CGUAAAACAUCUAACAUUGCCAACAACGAUCCAAGGAAAAGGCCAUCAAGACAAUAGGUCAAUAGCUUUAUUUUAUUGGACUCACUUUGCUACACAAUCCCUGUCCGCAAAAUUUGCAUAGCUCUGAAUCCACUUUGAUGGUUUAGCAAACUAGCUCACCAAGAGUGGAAAUUUUCUUAAGAGGUUUUUCUGGGUUUUUGAUCAAUUUGAAAACCCAGCUGGGAAUUUAAAGUUAGUGGUGUACUUGAUCAGUUCUUAAGGAGCAACCAAUUGAACAUUCCCUGAUCUCCAUUCCCAGUGCAUUGAGUUUGCUCUCAGUUAUUGAUGGCAAGAGCAAAACAAGAAGGCAGAUCUUCUUUAACUUCAUCCCAUGAAUCCUCUCCUGGAUUAGGAUCACCAUACCCCUGGCUCAGAUCGCCACAAUCUGAGGAAGGAGGUUUGCAAUUGAUAGAACUUCUUGGAGAAUGUGCUAGCCAUGUAACUGCCAGAUGUCUUCAUAGUGUUAAUACCAGGCUUGAACAUAUUUCCUAUCUUGCCUCUCCUAAAGGCACUGCAAUUCAGCGAAUUGCUUCAUAUUUCAUUGAGGCAUUUGCUGAUAGGAUGCUUAAAGGCUUUACUGGUCUGCACAAAGCACUGAAUUCGACGAAAAUAUCAUCAGUCUCUGAGGAAAUUCUUGUUCAAAAAUUGUUCUAUGAGCAUUGCCCCUUCUUGAAGUUUGCAUAUUUGAUCACAAAUCAGGCCAUUAUGGAAGCUAUGGAGGGGGAAAAAGUAGUUCAUAUUAUUGAUCUCUAUCCAGUUGAGCCAGAACAAUGGAUUAGACUUCUUCAGGCAUUAAGUGCGCGGCAAGAAGGGGCACCCCAUUUGAAAAUUACGGGCAUUCAUGAACAGAAUGAAGUAUUAGUAAAAAUGGAUUUUCAGUUGAAAGAAGUAGCUGACAGGUUGAGAAUCCCAUUUCAAUUCAAUCCUAUAGUUAGCACAUUGGAGAAUCUUGAUAUUGAAAGUUUGGGCAUCAAGACUGGAGAAGCUCUUGCAGUCAUCUCUGUACUUCAGCUACAUUCUCUCUUGGCUAUUGAUGAGGAAGUGGUAAGAAGGAAUCAGCAGUCUCUUCAACAGUUUCUUGAGACGGAUCUGAAUCAUUUGUAUAUUGCCAGUGCUUCCUCCUCGACAUCAUCCGAACUAUCUCUAAGUGCUUCCCCAAAAAUGGAGAGCUUUCUAAGUUCUCUUCGGCGUUUCUCACCAAAGCUGAUGGUGAUAACUGAGCAGGAAGCAAAUCAUAAUGGUUUUACAUUAAUAGAGAGAGUACACAAUGCAAUGAAAUUCUAUGCUGCUCUCUUUGAUUGUUUGGAUUCCACCAAAUCAAUAGCACCAAUAGAGCAACAAAAGGUUGAGAAGAUGCUUUUUGGAGAGGAAAUUAAAAACAUCGUAGCAUGUGAUGGAGCAGAGAGAAAGGAGAGGCAUGAGAAGCUUGAGAAAUGGAUUUUAUGGCUUGAGUUAGCUGGUUUCAGCAGGGUGCCAUUUAGCUAUAAUGGUAGAGUUGAUGCUAGUACAAUGUUGCAGUACUAUAGUGAUGCGUAUAGCUUCACAGAAAAGAAUGGAUGUUUGGUUAUCUACUGGCAUGAGAUUCCCCUAUUUUCAGUUUCAGCCUGGAGUUUCAGAUGAUGAAACUGAAAUUACUAGCAGUGGCUAAUGAUUUCUUUCUAUUGUUGUUGUUGUUGUUGUUGUCGUUUGUGUUUUUUUUUCCCUCAAUAGUAACAAUGGUGGAGGGGUGAUUUUAGCCCUUGAUGUCAUGGACACACCAAGCCU